GUGUGCUAGUUGAAUUGAUUAAGAUUCAAAGGAAUUUUUUUUGGGGUGGGGUGAAGUUAGAAAGGAAGAUUUCUUGGGUUAGUUGGGAUUGUAUGUGUGUGGAGAAAGGAAGAGGGGGCUUAGGAAUAGCUGAUUUAGAGAGGAUAAAUUUUGCUUUGCUUGGUAAAUGGUGGUUUAGACUAGGUGAUGGAGUGGAUGGUUUAUGGAAGAGAGUGAUUUGGGAGAAAUAUUAUGGGGGGAGGAAUGAGGCGGAUAUAACUUCUUUUGAAUCUUUGACGAUGUCUCGUGUAUGGAAGGAUAUUGUGAGUGUGGGUAGGGGGUCUGAAAGGUUAGUGGAGAUGUUAGUAAAGGGUUUUAAAUGGAAGGUUGGUGAGGGAAGAUGUGUAGAGUUUUGGAGGGAUAAAUGGGUGGGAGACAAGUCCUUAAAAGAUUUAUUUCCGAGGCUGUUUGCGUUAUCUACUAUUAGGGAGGGACGGUUGAAGGAUAUGGGCUUUUGGAGGGGUGAGAAUUGGGUAUGGGAUUGUAGAUGGCGACGUGGAUGUGUAGGGAGGGCUGUUGGUGAGGAGGGACAGUUUAGGGAAAUGAUUAAUGGGGUAAGGUUGAGGAUGGAGGAAGCAGAUUCUUGGCAUUGGAUUCAUAGUAGUGAUGGUACCUAUUCUGCAAAGGCAGCAUAUGAUUUUCUAUCACCGAAAGUUUGUGUUCUGGAUCAGGAAUGGUCUCGGAUUAUUUGGAGUAAAUAUGUUCCUUCGAAGUUGAGUGUUUUUGGGUGGAGAUUAUUUUUGGAUAGGUUGGCCACUAAAGAGAAUUUGGGUAAGAGAGGGAUUGUGUUGACAGGUGGGGAUGUUAGUUGUGGGUUUUGUAAUGAGGGGGUGGAGAGGUUACAUCAUAAUUUUUGUGAGUGUGAAGGGGUGUGGUUGGUAUGGACGAAGGUUUUGGGAUGGUGGGGUUUACAAAGUGUUUUGCCAAAUGAUAUAUUUGGGUUGGCGGAGUCGGUGGUGUAUGGAAUAGGUGGGGGUUGCUUGAAGGAGCUGGGAGGCCUUAUUUUUUUGGUAACUGCUUGGUUAGUGUGGGACUGGAGGAAUAUGAAAUUGUUUGGACCAGUUUUGCAGUCUGAAGUGAGGUUAUUGGAAUCUAUUCAAGCAAAAUCUUUUCUAUGGAUUAAAAAUAAAGAGCCAAGAUGUGUGUUUUCUUACACAGAUUGGAUUUCAAGGCCUAUGAAUUGUAAAGAAGCAAUAGUUCAACAUCGUCAAAAUUUGAAGAAAUACAAGAAGAUGCACAGUUCCUAAAUGUAUUUAGCUAUUGGACAACUGCUUCUUUUGCAAUUUUGAUUUUUUUUUCUCUUCCGUUGAGUAGUGGUUUAAUUGUUUGUAUUUUGGGGUGGAGUAUUCCUUAUACUCCGAGAGUAAUAUAAAGUCUAUUUGAUU